GCGGGCCGAGGCUGCCGCCCAGCGCCUUCGCCGAGGCCAUGCCCGGGCCCUAGGGUGCCUGCCGCAGCCCGCGCCCAGCGCCCCGUCCCUCAGCCCCGUAGCCCCGCGCCCGCCGCCGCCUCUUCAAUGGGCAACCUGCUCGGCGGGGUCAGCUUCCGCGAGCCCACCACCGUGGAGGACUGCGACUCCACCUGGCAGACGGAUUCGGAGCCCGAGCCCGAGGAGCCGGGGCCGGGCGGCGGCGGCGAGGGCCCGGGGCAGGAGCCCGAGCAGCCCGCGCAGCCCCCGGAGCGAGUCGGCGGGCGGCCCCGCGCCGGCCCCGCACCGGACGAAGACGCCGAGGCGGCGGGCGCCGAGCAGGGUGGUGAUGCCACUGAAGCAACUGCCAAACCAAAGAGAAGCUUUUAUGCUGCGAGGGAUCUGUACAAAUAUCGACAUCAGUACCCACAGAACUUCAAAGAUAUCCGAUAUCAAAAUGACUUGAGCAAUCUUCGUUUUUAUAAGAAUAAAAUUCCAUUUAAGCCAGAUGGUGUUUACAUUGAAGAAGUUCUAAAUAAGUGGAAAGGAGAUUAUGAAAAGCUGGAGCACAACCACACUUAUAUUCAAUGGCUUUUCCCCCUGAGAGAACAAGGCUUGAACUUUUAUGCUAAAGAAUUAACUACAUAUGAAAUUGAGGAAUUCAAAAAAACAAAAGAAGCAAUUAAAAGAUUCCUCCUGGCUUAUAAGAUGAUGUUAGAAUUUUUUGGAAUAAAACUGGUUGAUAAAACUGGAAAUGUUGCUCGGGCCGUUAACUGGCAGGAAAGGUUUCAGCAUCUGAAUGAGUCCCAGCACAACUAUUUACGAAUCACUCGUAUUCUUAAAAGCCUCGGUGAGCUUGGAUAUGAAAGUUUUAAAUCUCCUCUUGUAAAAUUUAUUCUUCAUGAAGCUCUUGUGGAAAAUACUAUUCCCAAUAUUAAACAGAGUGCUCUGGAGUAUUUUGUUUAUACGAUUAGAGACAGGAGAGAGAGGAGAAAGCUCCUACGGUUCGCCCAGAAACAUUACACGCCUUCAGAGAAUUUUAUCUGGGGGCCGCCGAGGAAAGAACAGUCAGAAGGAAGCAAAGCCCAGAAAAUGCCUGCCCCUCCCGCCUCUGGUCAUAUCAGUCAAACUUCUAUGCACAAAAAAUCCAAGGACUCCAAAAAUUCCUCCUCAGCUGUUCAUUUAAAUAGCAAAACGGCGGAAGAAAAAAAGGCAGCACCUGGAGGGCCUGGAGAGGAGACAGACAGGCCAGGCGCCGAGCCCAGCAGUGAAGCUACCAAGCCCGGAAACACAGAGGACGGUAAGGCGGAAAAUUCUGACCCGGAAAAAACAGGCACCAAUCCCACAGAGAGGAAGGAGAGUGCAGCUCCCCCUGAGAACGAGGAAGAAGGUGAAACUCCUAACAAAGACUGUGAAGAUCCUGGACCUGCAGGUUCCCCCGGUGAGGGACAAUUACAGUGAAUUACCCGAGAACGCACACCCCAGCGUAGGUAA